CAACUGGUGCCCAACGCAAUGUGUGUUUGUCAAACCAUGGAAGUGGGCAAGUAUGGCAAGAAUGCCACUCGAUCCGGAGACCGGGGGGUCCUGCUGGAGCCUUUCAUUCACCAGGUGGGCGGCCACAGCAGCAUGAUGCGCUACGACGACCAUACUGUCUGCAAGCCCCUCAUUACCAGAGAACAGCGCUUCUAUGAAUCUCUGCCCCCUGAAAUGAAGGAGUUCACACCUGAGUACAAAGGUGUGGUAUCUGUCUGUUUUGAGGGAGACAGCGAUGGCUACAUUAACCUGGUGGCCUAUCCCUAUGUGGAGAACGAGGCUCUGGAGCAGGAUGAUAUGCCAGAGAGGGACCAGCCGCGACGCAAGCACUCGCGUCGGAGCCUUCACAGGUCAAGCAGUGGCACUGAGCACAAGGAGGAAAAACCUGGUCUGGCCAGUGACAGUACUGAAAGCAUCCAGGAAACGAAGAGUCCCAGGGUGGACUUGCACAUCCAUUCAGAUGUUCCAUUUCAGAUGUUGGAUGGGAACAGUGGUCUGAGCUCUGAGAAGAUCAGCUAUAACCCCUGGAGCCUGCGCUGUCAUAAGCAGCAGCUGAGCCGCAUGCGGUCAGAGUCCAAGGACCGAAAACUCUACAAGUUCCUUUUGCUGGAGAACGUGGUGCAUCACUUCAAGCUUCCCUGCGUACUUGAUCUGAAGAUGGGGACCAGACAGCACGGAGAUGAUGCAUCUGAGGAGAAGGCUGCUCGGCAGAUGAAGAAGUGUGAACAGAGCACUUCUGCCACCUUGGGCGUUCGCGUGUGUGGGAUGCAGGUCUAUCAGCUGGACACAGGGCAUUACUUAUGCAGGAAUAAAUACUAUGGACGUGGUCUUUCCAUCGAAGGCUUCCGCAAUGCCCUCUACCAAUAUCUCCACAAUGGCAUUGAGCUGCGCAAGGACCUCUUUGAGCCUGUCCUCGCCAAACUGCGAAGCCUGAAGGCAGUUUUGGAGAGACAAGCCUCCUACCGCUUCUACUCCAGCUCCCUUCUCAUCAUUUACGAUGGGAAGGACAGCAGGGCGGGUACGUUUGUGGAGCGCCGGCCGGAGAUGCGCCUGAAGCGGGUGGACAGCUCUCUCCCGGAGAGCCUUCAGGAUGGCGGGAGCACGGAGCCCAGCUCCUCGGCCCAGCCCAAGGUGGAUGUGCGUAUGAUUGACUUUGCACACAGCACGUUCAAAGGCUUUCGCGAUGACCCCACUGUGCAUGACGGACCCGACAUGGGUUAUGUAUUUGGGCUGGAAAACCUCAUCAACAUCAUGGAACAGAUGCGUGAGGAAAACCAGUAGCCCCGGGCUACGGCCUCUUAUUCUUGUCCUGGUGGCAGGAGCAGACAAGACCACCUACUACCACAGGAAAAAGCAGACAACUGGUUUU